GGCGGCGGCGGGACAGCCUUCCAGGAUUAUGGAGUUCCUGAGUGAGAAGUUCGCCCUGAAGAGCCCGCCAAGCAAGAACAGCGACUUUUACAUGGGCACGGGAGGCGCCUUGGAGCACGUUAUGGAGACGCUGGACAAUGAGUCCUUUUACGGCAAAGCCCCGGCUGGCAAAUGCGUGCAGGCCUUCGGGCCGCUGCCGCGAGCCGAGCAUCACGUGCGCCUAGACAGGACCUCGCCCUGUCAAGACAGCAGCGUGAACUAUGGAAUCACCAAAGUGGAAGGACAGCCCCUUCACACCGAGCUUAAUCGAGCAAUGGACAGCUGCAACAAUCUCAGGAUGUCUCCUGUGAAAGGGAUGCCAGAGAAGGGGGAACUGGACGAACUUGGGGACAAAUGUGACAGCAAUGUGUCCAGCAGCAAAAAAAGGAGACACAGAACAACAUUCACCAGUUUGCAGCUCGAGGAACUAGAAAAGGUCUUCCAAAAAACCCAUUACCCGGAUGUGUAUGUCAGAGAGCAGCUUGCACUGAGAACAGAGCUCACUGAGGCCAGGGUCCAGGUUUGGUUUCAAAAUCGAAGGGCCAAGUGGAGGAAAAGAGAACGAUAUGGCCAAAUACAGCAAGCUAAAACCCAUUUUGCUGCCGCGUAUGACAUCUCAGUUUUACCAAGGACUGACAGCUACCCACAGAUCCAGAACAAUUUGUGGGCAGGAAAUGCAAGCGGUGGUUCCGUGGUUACUUCGUGCAUGUUGCCACGUGACGCGUCCCCCUGCAUGACGCCUUAUUCUCACUCGCCUCGGACAGACUCCAGUUAUGCGGGGUUUUCAAACCACCAGAAUCAGUUCAGCCACGUGCCCCUCAACAAUUUUUUCACUGACUCUCUUCUCACUGGCGCUACCAACGGACACGCGUUUGAAACAAAGCCCGAGUUUGAAAGGAGGUCUUCCAGUAUCGCCGUUCUGAGAAUGAAAGCCAAGGAGCACACCGCCAAUAUUUCAUGGGCCAUGUAACAUACAGUACUCUUUUAUUUUUCUUUUCAUAGCAAAGUAAAACAUUCUUAUUUCUCAUAUUUAAAGGAUACCACAAUAAGCUGCUGUGUGUGGAAGGGCUAAAGGUCAAGAUAUACAGCGAGACCAGCUUACAUGAAUAGUUGUUAUUAUUUAACAUUAAAAAUCUAAGAAUGGACCCCUGAAAGGACUAAAUAGGUUUACCAUGCACCAGCCUCCACAAACUCUGUUUUAGUAGUAAGUUUUUUUUUCCUAUUGUACAAGUCAAUGAAAUAUGGUCAUGCAACUUCUUAAAGGAAUAAAUGUAUUAAACAAAUCCUUCUGUGAUAGAUUGAUUUAUGCUAGUUGUGGAUAACAAGAAAUCUCUUGUAAAAUGAUACCUGAUAAACGAGGAAACACCCCGGGGGGAAAAAGGCAAUAUUGAACCAGGGAGCUUUGAGAGCUAACUCCAUUUCCCCUUCUUUGGCUCCAAGACACAACGAUCAUAUACUCUGUUGCUCAGAAUUUAUCUUCAGGUCUCAAGAUUUUUUUUUAACCUUUCAAUGUUUUAGUGAAUUUCUACUCAGUGGGGUGGGGGGGAUACUUUCUGAAUGGAUCAGUAUUUGCAUGAAAUAUCUGGGCACAGUUUCUUGCAACCAUGUGGCAGAAGGUGACAAGUGAAAUAUUCUGGUGUGAUUUAAAGUCCAGUCAACUGGACAGGUUUUAUAAAUGCAACUUUUAGGUGAAGAGGCCAGCAUGAAGACUGAGGCUUAGUGGUUAAAACCAAGAAACAUUAGCCAAUGUGCUGUUGCUUUCAUGCUAAAAUCGCGUUGAUUGAAUCGCAUACUCAGAUAUCCAGCCAAUUCAGGAAAACUUUACAAUCAAAGGAGCAACAGCUUGGAAUUGAUGUUUGUUUUGUGGGUGUGUGCAUGCUCAAAUGCAUGCCUGUCUGGUUCUUGGCGCUCUGUGCCUUAAGCAUUUUUGCCACUGUGUUUCGCAUGGAGCAUUGAGAUGUCAGGAGGCUCUCCAAAAUUUCUAGUUAAAAAAAAAAAAAAAAGGAAGAAGA